UUUGAAGACUUUCUUCUGGUCCUGACUAACAUUCAUCCUUUGAUGGCAUUGACAAUUUGAAAAGCAUCUCUUUGCUGGAAGAACACGCUGUCAUUCACUAGUCAUGCAUUUAGUAACAAGGCCCUAUCAUGCAAAGUGAAAGAGGAGGUGAUCAUCGUGUACAUCCAACUUCAAAGACGUGACAGGGAGGAUUGAUAGGCAAACAUGUCUGGCUCAUUCGGACCAUCUCCGGUCGCAUCAGGAUCACAAAAACAUGAAACAAAGAAUGCGAUACAAGGAGCCACAAAGCCGAUCGUAUACGAGCUCAUUCCACCAAAAUGGCGACCAAGAUUGCAUCCAGGUUCGCGUGCAAUUGGAGCACCAGACAUUUACAUUCGUAGACCAAAAGAACCUGGACCGCCUGAAGAUGAAAUGUCAGAGGUGAAUGUACGAAACGGACUGAAUGCAAGACCGGCCGUUGGGAAUGAAACUUUCUCAGCACAUGAUAUGAUCUAUGACCGGCUAAAAGGAAAACAAGUCGUCAAUCAAUUAGGAAGCCUGUUUGAAGAAGUUGCCCAGCGAAGAAAGCAAUUGGCCGGUUUACGAUGUGGACCAACUGCUUCUCAAUACAGGCAACCGCAGAGGGUGACAUUGAAUGAAGUCAAACUGGCAGCAUACGUCAAGGAUCUCGCCGAUCCUUCGGUGCCGAUAGGGAAGCUUGCCAGAAGUGUACCACAUGGAUACAGAGGUGAACGUAUGCUGGAUAUGCUAUGGAACGGUGGAAGCGUUUCAGGUGCAAUGGCAGCAAUGAAAUCUCAACCUUCGAUUGGAAGCAGCUCUAGCAAUGGCGUCAAUGCAAGUACCCCCGGUGGAGAGCGUAAUGGAUUGCCAAACAGCGUGGAAAUCUCUCGAGCAGUAUGGUUUAUUCGUGUGGUGGGUGCAAGUGAGAUAUCGUCUUCACGCCUUAGACAAGGUAAUAGUGCAUUUUAUACAUCCGAAUGGACUGCUACAAUGAUGGGAUGGCUUCGAAGGCAAAUUGUAGAAUUGAUCAUUACACAUCAUCACAGUAGCGUAUCAGACAGUCCUGCAGCACCUCCUUCGCCUAUGCCUUCGAGAAAUCGGUCUUCGAUUUCUACUCCUCAGCACAACGAAGAGCCAUACGCAUUAAUCCUAGAGGACGAUUUCAGAGAUCGAUGGAUGGCGAAGUGGAACUACAGCGUGGCUCUUUUACGAGCUUUAGCAAAUGAAGGCUUGAUUGAUUGUCAAGUGGCCGCUCGCUUUUCGAUUGAUAUGUUCAGGACUGCAAAUGUUGCUCAAAUUUUUAUCACUCUUGCUCUAUUUCAAGAAUUCUUGGAUAUCAUAGCCAACAGCAUCACACUGAGCCACCUGGCUCUGACCGUCUUGACUUCAAAGCUCAAGGAUUUGGAAGAGCAAGUGACAUCCAGCAGUACCUUUAUCCAAAAGGAGAUUACUGCUAUGUUGCUGUAUGUAUUCAACACGAGACCAGAUUCUUUCGUUAGCCCGUCGUGCUGGCAAGAUCUGUCAAGAAUCAUAAAUGAAGCACGCAAAAGCGGUGCAUCUGACUGCAAGCUGAAAUCGAUCGCUGAGAGGAAUGAGAAGCUUCUUGCUUCUUUCACAAAUUUUACCUCGGCCGAUGACGAGCAGUCUACUGAUCUAGCUCGACUUCAAGAUUUGAUGAUUCUUGACCGAAUACCGGCACAUGAAGACCUACAGUCCACCUUUGAGUUAUAUUUUGGCCGAUACUGUGCCUCUAUCUCUGACAGAAUACGAACGCUUUUGGUUUGGGCAACUUGUGAUUGGCGUGUUGGUACUCACAGACCUUUUGCUGUUGCAACGAUGUUGAACAUGUAUAUACGAUAUCAGCCCAGCCGAUCACAAAAACGAGCAACGCAUAAAUCAAAAGAUGGCAAGAGGAUGGUUUUGGAUCGAAUCGAUUUGGAUGCCAUUGUCAUGUCAUGGAUCACAGAUGUAGACUUGGCCAAAAAGCAAAAUGUUGGUGAAGAGGAAAGCGAAGGAAAUCAAAAAUCGUUGCGAUGGCAGAAUGUUUUGUUUUCUACCUCACUGCACGAGAUGAUUAUACUGAUUGGCGAAUUAUAUCGACUUGGGUGCUUUUCAUUUCCGAAAUAUCUUCAAAGAUUGACAGCCCGUGGAUUGACGGCAAUGGGAGGAAGAGAGAUUAGGCCAGACUCAGAAGGAACGAACGGGAAACACCAAGAAAUACCCGUUGCUGAUUCGUUGCAUUCCAAAUUGUUGAGGUCUGUACCUUUGAUUGCGUGUCCUGCUCCUUUGGAACAUCAAAGGAGGGUGGCAAUUUAUGGUAAUCGUGCAAAAGAAUCAUGGGAAGAAGCGAUGGAAAGGCGUGCAUUACGAGAGCUGUCGUCUGCAUUACCAUGGCUGAGUGGAUCACAAGAUGCAAGUGAAGCACAAGGGAAGUCAGAGCAUUUCGAUCUGCAAAGAAAAUUACCACGAUUCUGGGGAAGUUCGCGAUACAUUAGAAGUAGAAUUGUGCAACUGCAUCUAUUGCCAAGUUUUCGAGAAUAUGUUUACGGACAGGAAGUACUGCAAGAUUAUCAGCUUAGUCAAUUUGCUAGUUUACUGAUUGAAGCACAAGAGUUUGCUGCUUUGCAGGAAGUUUUAGAGGAUAUCAGUCAGCAUCCACAGACGUACAGUGAGACGAUCAUCAAGGUCGCCAACUCUUACGCAAAGCAGAAUCGUUUAGUACUUCUAUGUAUGGGAUCAGUUUUCAGGACUGAUUACGAGAGUGGCAUAAAUGCUGAGAAAGCUGAUCCACAACAAGGAGAAGGAAAUUCAGCAGCAAAAGAACUGGGAGUACCCCGAGACGAAGAUGAUCUGUCGACUUUUUCUUCCUCUUUGAGGACCUUCAGUGAAGGUCGCCUGCCCGAAUCGAUGGAGAUGAUGAAGAACCAUUACGCCAGCCCUCGCUCGCUGCUCAGCGUUGCAAAUGAAUAUUUAUCGGCCGGUCAAGAAGGGAACAUUAAACUGAUUUCGAAUUGGUUCAGAUCUUUGUUGCUCGCUUACAAAGGUGAAUCACAAAGAUGGGUACAAGACCUCUCGAACUGCUUGCAAGACACCAGUCUCUCUAACAACGAUGUUGAUAUUUUGGUCAAUCUGUCUAUCGUUCAAAUAUCUUCACAGCCAUCUUCCUUUUCUGAUAUCGUCAGAAACUUUUGUUUGCCAACAUUGAUUACAUAUGCUGGUGGUUCCGAAGCAAAUGAUACCGCCAGUCUGAGAGCUGUGGUCGGCAUCCUUUCUAGUGUCUUCAUUCCUUCGGAUGGAUUAAAGAGGUCUUGGGUGGUACUGGACAUUAAUUUUAGAUCCACUGAUUCUCAUUGGACUCUUUCAGCCGAUAUUCUUCGCAUGAUAUCUGCCUUGCGGAAAGCGGAGAACGUAAACCAGCAAUCCUCUUUAUUGAAUGACUUGGAAAUCUUGCGCACCAGCAUAUGCCGAGACGAAAAUGUUCGUUGUCUUUUGCAGAUGAAUUUGAAGGAUUCUAUUGAUCUUGUCCGAUCGACAGUUCCAGCGGGCGACUUUCACACCGUAAUGCGAGAUCUCCUACCUGCUCGUUGGCCAUGGACAUCGGAUGAUGAAUUGAUCACUGGAAUGAGUCGCAUAUUCGAAAAUGCAGACCAAUGGAGAUGGUCACAAAUGCUUUGCGAGAAUGCAAUUACCAUUGAAGCAAUUCGAAGCAAGACAAAAGAAGGAUCGAUCAGCUCCAACAAGCUGAAUGAGCUAGCAAGACUGUUUAGCGAGCGUGUUCUGUCUUCCGUGGACGCUGCUUGCUCUUCGAUUUCGAUCACCGGCCUAUUUGGCUCUCUGUCUUCUUCAAAUGGCGCUGUCUUCUGUAUUGGAUUGGUCGAUGAGCGGUUAAGGGUGUUAAAUAAGCAACUGGAAGCAACAUUCACAGACGAGAGACUCCUACAGUCGGAACUGGAAAGCCUUCUUCGUCUAUGGCAAAAGAUGGCACCUAUGACUAUCUCUGCAUCUGCUUUAUCUGCUCAAGCGUUCCGAUUCGUGACAGAGUGGUUGGAAAGCAAUCUUCCUGCAUCACCUGUUCAGGAAGUCGUAUCAGAUCAACAGAACUCGGAUAUCACUACUUCGGAGGCGGAUUUGCCGAAUGGAGAAUUGGCCGUGCGACUUGGCAUUCUGUGCUUCCUGAUGAAAUUGGACAACAUUCUCAUGCUCCCAAUCACAAAAGCAUUUGCGCCGAGAUUAUUCUGUGCGAUCAUUCAAAUUGCUCUUUCUCUUUCACGUCGACCAGGUAUGAGUGAAAGAAAGGUAGAAACGUUGUUGGACGUGGCGAGAUAUCUCUUGCAACAGGCACCUUUGGAAUUGCAACAGACAAUGCGACAACGUGCAUCCGAGCAAAUCGAAACGGGAUUGUUGACUCACCCUUCGCCACUUGACCGUGUAACUGAGACAAUCGGACGAUUGGUCAAUAUCGAUGCUGAUGCUCUUGGUUCAAAUCUUACUUCGAAUAUAGGCGGUAAAAAGAUUUCGCUUAUCGAAGCGCAAAGUAGUUCAAGCGCAAUAUCUGAUGGUCAAUUUGCUGCAGUGCAAAUUAAACCUUGGGAUCUGCAUCCAAACGUAGAAGCACUCGUUCAAGGUAAAUCAGUAGCCACGGCAGAUGCAGGACAGGGCUCUGCACAUCCUAUCGCAUCAUUCACAGAAAUGAACAGUCUAAACAAUAAUGGACCAAUCUCUUUGCAACACUUUCGUGCGUACCGUACUUUGGAUCGUUUGCCAGAACGCUCGUCUUUGCCUUUAAGGAAAAGGACAGCGUUAGACAAUUCCUCGUUAAAGGUUCCGUUCAUUUUACCUUCCGAGCAGAAUUAUGGCAUGAAUUUGGCUGGACAGCCUAUUUAUGCUCGUGAUGCAAAAAGAGGAUUAUUAGUAACUUCAAGCAACACUGCAAAGAUGGGUUUGUCUGCUCAUGAUCUUCAGCAAUUGGUACCUGCUCUUUGUCCGCCGCCAAAGCAUGAUCAUGAGGACACAGCCAUAGACAAGCAAGGCAAAGAUGCAAGCAAUGGAGCAAAGAAGUCAAACACGGCCAAUGAAAAGAGUCCCGUAAAGCCUUCAAUUGCCAAAGGCAAAGCUGAUAAGAAAGAGACAGCAAACGGAAAAUCGACAGAUUCAAAGACAGCUGGUGGUAAUGCCAAUUCCACGGCGCGGAAAAGAAAGACGUCCAAUGCCAGCGUUCAAGAUCAAAAAGCAGCAAAAGCAACCACAACGGCAGCUUCUCGGAAGCGGACGAAGAAGUAGGCGAGAUGAGUGGGAAGAUGAGAAUAAAGUCACCCGUUUGCGCAAAUGUGUUUACGUUAAUCCAUGUAUAGUAUUCAUCAAUGAUAAUAAACAUUUCACUUGUACAC